UUUUGUUUCAGUUCCACCAUGAGCGCAGGCGACUGUUUCGAGCUAGGCAAGGCGCUCUACAACGAAAAGGAUUACACGAACUGUCUAGCGUGGAUGACGAUAGCUCUACAAAAAUUCAAUGAAGAGAAUAACUCGUAUCCGUUCUCGGAAGUGGUUAUUCUCGAGUACAUAAGCUUCGCUCAUUAUUUGCUAGGAGACGUAAGGCAAGCUCUAGAAUGGACGAAGAAGUUAAUCGCGAUAGAGCCGACACACGAGCGCGCUCUCGGCAAUAUCCCGCACUACCAGGCCACCAUCGCUGCGCAGGAGGAGAAAAGGAAGAAGAGAUUGAGAGGGGAUACCGGGGAAGACUUCUUAGAAGAAGAGGAAGAUGACCAACAACCCAAGGAGCUGAGCAGCUACGGCAAGGAGCGCAAGAUGUACGAGACCCUGUGCCGCGGGGAAAUGGACAUCUCACCGAAAAUAGCUAAAGAACUAACCUGUCGUUACCUGACGGAGAAUCACCCGUUCCUGCGUCUGGCGCCGAUCAAGAUGGAGUACAAGUACCGCGACCCCGACAUCGUGCUGUUCCACGAGGUGCUCAGCGACUCGGAGAUCGAACAUCUCAAGGAGCUCGCGCAGCCUAGGUUCCGUCGCGCUACGGUCCACGACUCCAAGACGGGCAAGCUGGUGCCGGCCCACUACCGCAUCAGCAAGUCGGGGUGGCUGCGCGACGACGAGUCGCCGGUGGUCGCGCGCGUGUCGCGCCGCGUCCGCGACAUCACCGGCCUCGACCUCGCCACGGCCGAGAAGCUGCAGGUCGUUAACUACGGCAUCGGCGGACACUACGAGCCGCACUUUGACUUCGCACUGCAAGAGACAGCAUUUACUGAGCACCAGGGCAAUAGAAUCGCUACUGUUUUAUUCUAUAUGUCGGAUGUGGCCCAAGGCGGCGCCACAGUGUUCACGGAGCUAGGGUUGAGCCUGUUCCCGGUGCGCGGGGCGGCCGCGGUGUGGCUCAACCUGCACGCGUCCGGCGAGGGCGACCUGGCCACGCGCCACGCCGCUUGCCCCGUGCUACGCGGCUCCAAGUGGGUGUGCAACAAGUGGAUACACCAGGGCGGGCAGGAGCUGAUCAAGCCCUGCAACUUGGAGUACCAGCGUGAGGAGACGCGCCCGCUGCCCAAACCAGUCUACAAGACCUUCAGAUAACUCCCAGUGUUUGUCCAGUUGGUUCGUAGUGCAAAAACUGACGUCACUUUGUGAAGUGCCUAUGUGUAAGAGACGAAAUGAAUACCAGUUA